AUGUCGCCAUCGUCUGGUCAGGUCGCUGCAUUUUUAUCCGUUGUUUUAGACUAUACGAUCUACCUGCGUCGACUUACGCGUCCUUCGGACCAGAAGCAAAUUGUUUAUGAACGGAAGACCGCGCAAAGUUUCGUGCAGACAAUUUCCGAGCCUCAGGUGUGGCCCCUGGUUCAGCAGGUCGCCGGUGAAUACCGUUAUCCAAUAAAACCUGCAGACAAACCAUGGUUGUUGGAAGAGGUCCUUACCCAACUACAGGUUGCAGCACCUCCACAUGAAGUGCUGUUGCCUUCAGACAGCUUUGCACAAUGGCAAAGAGAUAGGUUUUGGCAUCGAGUGGAGCUGAAUCUCAGGUAUUUAACGUUUGCCUGGGACAACGAAGACAAGGCUGCAAAGGCAAAGUUGAAAAGCGCUAAAAAUGGCUUCGAUGGACUAAAGCAAGUUGUCGAUGAGAUGUACAAACACAUAGAGGAGGACGAGGAGGAGGACGAGGAGGAGGACGAGGAGGAGGACGAGGAGGAGACCUACAGUGGAAGCGAGUCUGCGGUAUAA